UUACUCUUUCAUUAAAACCCUAAAAUCUGAAAAUUUUCCCGAGAAAAUCUUCCUUCAUGAACCCCCUUAAAUAAAAAGGAAACCUACAUUUCCUACGCCCCAAACCCCCCUCCCCCUUGCAAUCUAUGGACCCUCGCCGUACCGCUCGAACAGUCAGCGACCCGAAGGUCCGUCAAGUUGGGUUCUUUACACCGGCACCACCCGAACGUUCCGUUUCGGAUCCUCCACGUUUCCAAGAUCCGAUUCAACCUCCCUCUCCGUCUCCCACUCAGGUUAACGAUCAUUCUCCCUCCGGCAACUCCCUCUCCCCCGUUAUGAUCCCUCCAGCACAUCACCACUCCGACAAUUUCCUUCGUACAGCUCUACAAGCUACAUCUCCCACGAAGGCGUUCUCGUAUUCCGCCAAAACGGUAACCAUUCCCCCUGAAAACGAAGAUGUGGCUUCGUCGUUCUCGCCUGGUCGUAAGGUUGUUUCCGCAAAAUCGCCAUCCUCCUUUCCGGGCGUCAAGGCGAGUAGUGUACCCGCGAGUGAGCUUACCACUGUUUCAGUGGUUAAUUUGCCUCCAGGAAUUUCUGAGAAGGCUGGUGGAGCAUCUGUUGAAGUUCAGAAUGAUCGACCUGUUAGUGCAAAGACAUUGAAAGAGAAAACUUCUAAAGCUGAAAGACGUGCUCUGCAGGAGGCCCAACGAGCUGCCAAGGCUGCUGCAAAAGCUGAAGGAACUAAGGCAUCAAGUGCUGCAUCUAAGGUUGUGACCUCAGCAAAUACAAAACCAAGUAAAGCCGCAAAAUCUUCUUCCCAAAAGAAUGAUGGUUCUCAAGUUGCAGCUUCUGAGAAGAAGGGAGGUGAUCGUGCACCUGAGAAAGAUAGGAAGAAAGAUGCUCCUCAUCCUCGAAUGCAAUAUGAUGAUAAAAGCCGAGUAGAGAAAGCCAAAAAGCGUGCUGUUGUAAAACAAACUGAAGCUAGGAAUAGAGUGGAACUGUUCAGGCAUUUGCCUCAGUACGAACAUGGAACACAGCUUCCUGAUUUAGAGACUAAGUUUUUUGAACUCGAUCCAAUGCACCCUGCUGUGUACAAGGUUGGGUUGCAGUAUUUGUCUGGGGAUAUACGUGGUGGCAAUGCACGUUGUAUUGCGAUGUUUCAAGCGUUCAAAGAGGCUAUCAAAGAUUACUCAACUCCACCUGAGAAAACUCUAAUUAGAGACUUAACUGCAAGGAUUAGUAGUUACGUUUCUUUCUUGAUUGAAUGCAGGCCACUCUCAAUUAGUAUGGGCAAUGCAAUUAAGUUUCUAAAGAAUCGAAUUGCAAAAUUACCAUUGGCUCUGUCUGAAUCAGAAGCAAAAUCUACGCUUAUGUUGGAUAUUGAUCGUUUCAUAAAUGAAAAGAUCAUCCUUUCAGAGAAGGUGAUAGUCAAACAUGCUGUUACAAAGAUUCGAGAUGGUGACGUUCUUCUCACAUAUGGUGCAUCCUCUGUGGUUGAGAUGAUUUUAUUGCAUGCCCAUGAGCUUGGCAAACACUUCCAUGUUGUAGUGGUCGACUCUCGCCCAAAGCUUGAAGGGCAACUCUUACUACGUAGGUUGGUGAGGAAGGGCCUUAGCUGUACGUACACACAUGUAAAUGCUGUUUCUUGUAUAAUGCAAGACGUUACUCGAGUUUUUCUGGGUGCUUCAUCAGUCUUGUCUAAUGGAACAGUUUACUCGAGAGUUGGGACUGCUUGUGUUGCUAUGGUUGCUCAUGCAUUCCAUGUACCUGUAUUAGUGUGUUGUGAAGCAUAUAAAUUUCACGAAAGGGUGCAGCUUGAUUCCAUAUGUUUUAACGAGCUUGGUAACCCAGAUGCCAUUUCAAAGGUUCAAGGCAGAAAGGAGAUUAACUACUUAGAUGGUUUGGUCAAUCAAGAAAAUCUGCAGCUUCUGAAUUUAAUCUAUGAUGCAACACCUUCAGAUUAUGUCUCCAUGAUAAUCACAGAUUAUGGCAUGAUUCCACCCACAAGUGUGCCUGUCAUUGUGAGAGAGUAUAGAAGAGAUCACCUGUGGUCGUAGUUCAAGACGGCUCGUAAAUGUAUUCCAGAGGAUUUUCCACAAUUUUGCUCAUGUUGUCUACCAUCAUUCUGGUCAAUCGCAACGGAACAAUAAGUAUAGAAUUUUUUUUUUAUCACAUGUUCUUUCUUCAUGGAAUAAGGCUAUAGGCUGACAUGGUUUCUUGUGUUAUUUUUUUUUCUCCUUUUUUCCUCUUAAACUGACUCAGUGAAGAGUGCAAUCCGUUCGCCUCUCCGGGCAGAAUUGAUCCUAUCUCAUAUAUAUUGUAGACAAGCCAUGGUUUGUUCUUUUUCCUCCCUUGAGGUAUCAAAGGGGUGAUUUUGUUGCAAA